AUGUCUCAGGAGAGGACAGACGUGGAGCUUGAUAAAGAGUGGAAGCCCAACGGCAGACGGCCUCAAUCGUCAGUCUUUCUUCUCCCUUUCCACUUCAUUCAUUCACCCAUCUCGUCUCUGUCCAAGUUUGAACCGUUCUUUGUUGACCUGUUUCGUUGCAGAACCAUGGCUCGCUCUCUUGCUGCUGCGCUUGAUAAUGCUUUCAUGCUUGACUCGGAGGUUGACAACCUCACCAACUCCAUCCACUAUAAACAAACAUUGGUAUCAAUGCAAAGUCGCGAACUCGAGGCGCUGGAAGCUAGACUUCGAGCCACCGAGAAUCGUCUAAGAAUGCAGAAGGGGGAGGCACCCCUCGAGCCCGUCAAGGUCAAUGACGGUGCUAAUAAUGAUAAUGUUACCUCUCAGAAUGGCUCGCUCAAGGGCAGAUCGCCGCUGGAGGUCUCUACCACGGACAAGGAGCGUGGCCUGCCACCGCUCUCCACGCCCAACCAGUCCGACGAUGGCUUCACCACCAACGCUUCCACAUCCCCAGCAACCACAGACCAGGACGAUGAGGCUGCUGACCAUGCUGGCGUUCAUGGUCGAGGCGACGCGCAAGGUCAUUCUGAGGGCAAGCAGGGAUGGUCUUGA